UGAGACCCGGGCCGAGAGGAGAGCUGCGCGGGCCCCAGCCGGAGCCCCGGAGCGGCCGGCAUGGCCUGCUGUCACAACGUCAUGCUGCUGCUGGACACCGCGGGCGGUGCCGCCGGCCGCAGCCCGGUCCGGCGGGCCGCCCUGCGCCUCCUCACUUACCUGAGCUGCCGAUUCGGCCUGGCCAGGGUCCGCUGGGCCUUCAAGUUCUUUGACUCCCAGGGGGCGCGGAGCCGGCCGUCCCGCGUGUCUGACUUCCGCGAGCUGGGGGCCCGCUCCUGGGAGGACUUCGAGGAGGAGCUGGACGCCGUGCUCGGGGACGGCGCCCACGGCGCCCACCUGCCGGGCCCGGCGCCCAGGGCCAGCCACACGCACGGCGCCCUGAUGGAGACGCUGCUAGACUACCAGUGGGACCGGCCCGAGAUCACGUCGCCCACCAAGCCGAUCCUGCGCAGCAGCGGGAGGAGACUGCUGGACGUGGAGAGCGAGGCCAAGGAGGCCGAGGCUGCGCUCGGCGGCUUCGCGAACGCCGUCUUCCUGCUGGCGCCCUGCCCGCAUUCGCAGCGGGAGCUGCUGCAGUUCGUGUGCGGGUGCGAGGCCCAGGCCCAGCGCCUGCCGCCGGCCCCGAAGCAGGUGAUGGACAAGUUGCUGCCCAAGCGAGUGCAGGAAGUCAUGAUCGCCCGAAAAAUCACCUUGUACUGGGUGGAUACCACCGAGUGGCCCAAGUUGUGGGAAUCGCCAGAUCACCUUGGGUACUGGACAUUGUGGCAACUGCUGCGCCUUGUAGGAGGCAGUAUCUUACCAUCCGAAACCUUCAGCCAGGAUUGUGCUAAGGCUGGGAAAAUACCACUUGGUGGUGAAAAAAAGCUGCCAAGUGAAUCUCCCCUCACCUCGUGGAUUUCAACUCUGCCAUCUGAUGCCACUUUAAACUGUUUGCUCUAUAAUUCUCCUGCGUACGAAGCCUCAUUUCCACGGAUGGAGGGGACAUUAUUUCUCCCUGUUGAAGGCAAAGAGGUUCAAGAAACAUGGACAGUCACCCUAGAGCCCUUGGUCAUGCAUCAAAGACAUUUUCAGAAACCAGUCCGAAUUUUCCUCAAAGGCACAGCGGCCCAGUGGGCUCUCCCAGCGAGUAGCAUUUUGGGCACCGACAGCUGGAUGCUGCGAAGUCCGGAGAACACCUCGACUCCGAGCACCUUCUUUCCGCAGCUGGUGAGCAGGCUGACGGCCGACGAGGCCCACCUGGUGGCCAGUGUGGACCCUGGUGAAGGCUGGCCCCCCAUCACGGGAGUUAUUUCCCCCCUCUCUACCAAUGCCACGGUUCUCACUGUGUUCCGCACCGAGGAGGCUGAAUUUCAAAGAGACUUUCUGCAAACAGUUGGGGUGGAGAGCCCCCAGGACACAGCUUUCCUUUUUUCUGAUGUUGUGGACGUUGUAUUGAGUCAGAUUCACAAGUCACUUGAGGACCCCGCCGCCUGUGCUGCUCGCGUUCCAGAAUGGGCCCAGCAGGAGCUUGGCCGCACCGGUCCCUGGAGCGCGGCCGUCGUGGAGAACUGGUUCCCCUGCUCCAACCUGACUGGUGCCAGUUCAAGUCUGAUGGAGUCCUUUUGGUUACUACAGGCUGCCUCAUCUAAUAAGGAAGAGUCUUCCAAAACCGAAAGUGAAUUAACGUGUUGCCUCUCUGAGCUCUACCAGAGAAAGUCUCGGGAAGAAUACACCACAUCUAAUGAGGAAGACCGCAGAAAGAAACGAGGGGUCCCUCGCACUCCCGUGAGGCAGAAGAUGAACACCAUGUGCCGUUCCUUAAAGAUGCUGAAUGUCGCAAGGCUGAACGUGAAGGCUCAGAAGUCGUGUCCAGAUGGCAGUCCGGAUGCAGCCGGGGAGAAGGGGAUCCCAAGGACAGCCGGUGGCAGAGUAGCAGAUAAACUGGAAAACCGAGGGAGAAUGCUCAGAAGCUCUAAACCUAAAGACUUUAAAACUGAAGAGGAGCUCCUGUCUUACAUACAUGAAAAUUACCAAAAGACUGUGGCCACAGGAGAAAUCAUGUUGCAUUCAUGCGCUCGGAAUAUGAUCUCCACCAUUAAAGCAUUCCUGAAGUCCAAAGGCACCAAGGAAUUAGAAAUGAAUUGCCUGAAUCAGGUAAAAAAUUGCCUCUUAAAAACUAGCAAAAGUCUUCGACAGGAUCUGGGCAAAAAACUGGAUGAAGAUAAAGUCAGAGAGUGCCGGCUGCAGGUAUUCCUUCGUCUGGAGAUGUGUCUGCAGUGCCCUUCCCUACGUGAAAGUGGAGACGAUAUGGAGCAGGUGGUGAAGGAGGUGACGGAUUUGCUGCGCGUGGUGUGUUUAACUGAGGAUUCGGCGUACCUCGCAAAGUUUCUGGAAGAAAUUUUGGGAUUGUAUAUCGACUCCAUCCCGAAGACGCUGGGAGCUCUUUACGACAGCCUGGGCUUUAUGAUCCCUCAGAAGCUAGCGGGUGUCCUUCCUCUGGACUUUUUCAGUGAUGACUCUGUGACACAAGAGAGCGGAUCCCCGCUUCUUUCUGUGCCUCUCGUGUCCAGUGCUCCGCGAUCGGUGUCGGGCGGCACUGAAUCUGACCUGCUGGAGGAGCUUCGUACCAGAUCGGCCAAGAAGAGAAGGAAAAAUGCGUUAAUAAGACAUAAAAGCAUUGCAGAGGUUUCGCAGAAUCUUCGACAAAUUGAAAUUCCCAAAGCGUCCAAGAGAGCUACAAAACAAGAGAGCUCUCGCGUCACUCUUCCGCAGCCUGCACCCCUGGUGAAGGAUACAGUGCAAGAAGUGACCAAAGUUCGAAGAAAUCUCUUCAACCAGGAAAUGAUUUCUCCUUCAAAGAGAUCGGCAAAGCGGGGGUUGCCUAGAAGCCAUUCUGUGUCGGCUGUGGAAGGUCUGGAGUAUAAACCUGACAACUUGAAGAAGCCCAAAGGUUACCACAAGCUGCUGACUAAGAGUGUGGCUGAGACUCCAGUACAUAAGCAGGUCUCCCGAAGGCUUCUUCACAGACAGAUCAAGGGCAGGUCCUCCGAGCCUGGUCCUGAUAUUGACGUUGUCGAAGAGUCCCCGGAAAAAGGAGCAGACGAAAUAGGCCUGAGACGAAGUCCUCGCAUCAAGCAGCUGUCGCUCAGCAGGACAAAUUCUGGUUCCUUCUAUUCUGUGUCUCAGCCCAAGUCUCGAAGUGUGCAGAGAGUUCACUCGUUUCAGCACAACAAGUCAGACCAAAGAGAAAACUGUCCAAACCGAAGUAUUCGUUCUCCCAAGAGCCUGCUUUUUGGGGCUUUGUGUGGUAUGGCCAGUCCCUCAGAAAAGGGUUCAGCUCGGCCUCAGAGGACUUCAAGGAGCACAUUGGGUUCUGAGAUACCUACAGCUUAUCAGACUCCUAAGAAGAGUUACCAGAAGUCUCCAAGCUCUUCUAAAGCGACACCUAGGUUUCCUCGUUCGCCACGAACUCCACUGUGCACCCCCGAAAGCCGGCAGAGACCCCCUACCGAAGUGACCCCUGCCAAACAGGCCGUUUUCAAGGAGUCCUUAAAAGACUCCUCACAGGACUGGGAUUCACCAUCUCAACCAGCAGUCACUCCUCAGCGAGGCCGCUCCCCUCUUGAAAAGAUCCCCAGAACCCCCAGGAGGCCAGGUGGUCAGCCCGCUGGGAUUCCGCAGAAGUCUACGUGGCCACUCUCGGCCAACUCCAGUCCAGAAAGUGCCCCCUGCCCUGCAGCCCCCAGCGGGAGCGCGGGUCCCGGGCCUGCCGGCUCCUCUCCGCAAGCAGCGGCCUCGGGGGCGCGGAGAGAGACACCUCCAGAGCAAGAGCACUGCGGUCCCCGGGGCUCCGGGCCCCCCCAGGCCGGGGAGCUAGCGCAGAAGGGGAAGGAGAAAACCGCCUCGGCCCCCAGCACGCCGGAGGGCACGAGUCUGGUUUCUCCCCCUCCUCCGGAGAAGCCUUGCGCCUUUCCCUCCGCCGACGUCUCCAAGACCAGUCCCUUUCGGAAGUUUUUGAUAGCCCCUCCUCCCCCCGGAGAACCGGACAGGAGCGAGCCCUGGAACGCCCCCCGUGGAGCCUCGCCUCUCUCGGGUCCUGCGCCCUCCACGCCACCUGGAACCCCGCAGAGUGCCCAGCCUGCCCCCGCGCCCCCUCUGCCCCCUUCUAAAGCUGGGAAAAGGCCCAGAGAGGCCUCUGAUCUUAAAAGCAGCUUCCGGGAGCGCCAGCCCAGCGCCUUUGCGGCUCCCAGAGCUGCCACCACAGACGCCAGAGAGAACCAGAAGGAAGAGCCCCUCUCUCCUCCUCCGUCCCCCGAAGGACACAGGCUCUGGAGGGACUGGCGGCUGUCUUCUCCCCUGCCACUGGCGCGUGACUCGGAGUAUCUCACUCUCCUGGAUGAAGCGGAGCUCAACGACGCUGAUGGCUUGAAAUGUGACGUGGCCCCAAUGGGAGAAGACGAGAGGUCGAGGACGGGGGUUGCCGAGGAGAAGUCUCCGGCGAGCCCUGGGGUUCGUCCAUCCCCGCCUGCCCGCGGGCCCGGCUCUCCCCCAACCCCCUCCUACGCCCUGCGCUGCACGGCCGACAGGAGGCAGCGCCAGGCCGCCGCGCAGCUGGAGAACCUGCAGGCGUUGGCUCGGCUUCCAGAAGCCCCUGCCAGCCCGCAGGCCUACGAGGUCGAGCUGGAGAUGCAAGCUUCCGGCCUGCCCAAGCUCCGCAUUAAAAAGAUCGACCCCGGCUGUCUGUGCGAAGCUGAGCCCCUCCGACAGGCGGGGGGCUCCCUGGGGGACGCGAGCUCCCUCCCCGGUCUCGGCCCACCCCGGGCUGGCAGGUCCUCAGGAAGACCCGAAGCCACCUACGUGUCCCCGCCCUGCCUUCGCCCCUCGCACAGCACCCCUGGCAAGAGCGGGGGACAGACGUACAUCUGCCAGUCCUGUACCCCCACCCGCUGCCCCUCUAGCACCCCCUCUCCGUUUCAGACGGACGGCGGUGUUCCCUGGACCCCGUCUCCCAAGCACAGCGGGAAGACCCCUCCGGACAGCAUCAGAGACUGGCCCCGGAGGAAGCGGGCCGCGGGCGGCAGCUCCGCUAGGAGGGGCGAGGUUGGCGCCGACCUACCUGCAGGGGUGUCCCUGCUCGAGCCAGAGAGGAGAGAGUCCAGCCCUGAGCUCAGCAUCAGCAGGACUCCCCUCUUGGGAGAUUUCGAGCUCGAGGGGGUGUGCCAGCUGCCAGACCAGUCACCUCCCCGGGACAGCACGCCGAAGGCCGAGGAAGCCUGCUCCUGGGGCCAGUUUGGGUUGGGUUCCAGGAAGAGGCUCCUUCCUGCCGAGGAGGAAACAGAGUGUCAGGCAAAAAGAGUGUGUGAUGGGCUGAGAGGAGAGAGCGAACUCUGCGCGAGCGAGGAGAGGUCUCCGGGCACAAGAGCACCGCCCCUGCCCUCCCCGGGGGACGACGAGGUGUUCGUGCCAGGCUCGACGCCCCCUGCCGCCUGUGCCGUGCGGAGCGGCCUCUCCGCCAGCGGGCUGCAGGCCCUGACCGGGUCUCCGCUGCUGCUCCAGGGCCGAACGCCUUCCUCUCGCUGCCCCGAAGCCAGAGGUGCGGACGCGGAGCUCUGCCCCGCCACAGCCGAGGACUCUCCCUUCAGCCGGGCCUUCUCCAGGAGGCGCCUGGUCGGCAGAACUUACACACGGAAGAAGCUGAUCAGCUAGUGAGGAGGGAGCUGGCCGGGGACUUCCACCCUCAAACACUACGGAGCGUGGCCGGAGCCCCUGGGUCCCCGGCACCGAGGACAGGCUGGGAAGUCCGGGGGGCUCUUACCAUAAGGAAUUCUUCGCCCAGAAGCUCACUGCAUGCGGGCCUGACUGCUCUACCGCCUGUGGAACCCUGGGCCUGCCGCGCAGAAACGGGCCUAACCAGGGCUCGGUGGGACCGAGCGAGUUCAGAAGCUGAGGAUGAAGUCAGCCAGGUCCCCAGGCUGUCCCAAGGGUGGUCAGCUAUCAGAUCCCCCCAACCGUGCCUUAGGGUUUGUACUCCCCUCCCACACUGUGCCCCAACCCACCACCCCUGCCCCUUGUUGGGGGGCGGAAGUUAGGCCACAUGGAAGCGUAAGGCCAGGCGCUCAUUCCCGCCCUGGCCUCCGAGAGACCAAGGCAAGUCAGUUCCCCACCCCAGCCCCUUCAUGGAUCCUUCACGAAGCUGCCCUUGGGCUGGGACCCCAGCGGCAGGGCUCAUGAGCGAGAGCAUCACCCCCAAGCUGAAGGCUCUGUGUCUGACAGCAGAAUAAAGUCCUCUCUGACUACUCAGCACUUCUGUUCCCUCACUGGGGCCAAGCUCUAACGGUUCCUGGAGCAGCCACCGCCCCAAGUCUGCCCUGACAGUGCCCGCCCGUCCUCACCAUGAGCGGGGGGAACCUGAGUCCCACAGCGGCCUCGUGCGUUCCAAGGAGUAGCUGGCGGGGCCCUGGCCCGAAGUUCUGCACCAGCCCUGCGGUCGCAAAGGCUUUCACCCCUGUGGUGUCCUCAGCUCUGAUGCUAGCGUCUUGUAAAUCAAACCAAGUAAAAACUCCCGUUCUUCCCUUCA